AUGGCUCAAUACUCUGCAAUCGUUGGUAAACCUGCCAAUAGUAAAGAAACCGCUCCUAGAAGACAUUAUAGAUUUAAAGAUGCUCCUUUGAAAAGACCUCUAGGUUACAAAGCCUCCACUGUCUAUGAAUUAGCCGUAGAAGCUGUGGAAAAAGGUGGGUUGCACAACACCGCCAUGGGCUGGAGAAAUGUCAUUGACAUCCAUGAAAAGCAAAAACUCAUCACCAAAGUCAUCGACGGUAAAGAAACUAAAGUAGAGAAAAAUUGGAUGUAUUUUGAAAUGUCAGACUACAAUUACAUCACAUACGGCGAUAUCUCGGACAAUAUCCAUUGUUUGGGUCGUGGUCUCGUGAAGCUAGGGUUGAGACAUAAGUCUGACGACAAAUUACAUAUUUAUGCUGGGACUUCUCAAUAUUGGUUACAAACAUUCUUGGGGGCUCAGUCUCAAUCGAUCCCUGUUGUUACAGCUUACGACACUCUUGGUGAAAAGGGGUUGACCCAUUCCAUCUUGCAAACCGAAUCCACUGCCAUUUUCACAGAUAAUUCUCUUUUACCAACCCUUAUCAACCCAUUGAAAAAUUGCCCCACUGUUAAAUAUGUGAUUCAUAGUGAAAAAAUAGACUCCAAAGAUAAGAGACAAAAUGGUAAGAUCUUCAAAGUGGCCAAUAACGCCAUUGCUGCUAUCAAAGAAGUUAGACCAGAUAUCGUUUUUAUCACUUAUCCAGAUUUGAUUGCCCUAGGUAAGAAACAUAAAGAUUCGAUCCAAGUCAAUCCUCCUACUCCGGACGAUUUGUCUUGUAUCAUGUAUACUUCUGGUUCUACAGGUGAUCCAAAAGGUGUGGUGUUAACUCAUCGUAAUAUUAUUGCUGGUGUAGCAGGUAUCAGUUCCACUGUGGAUCAAUCAGACAUUCAUCCAGGUGAUCGUGUCAUUUGUUUCUUACCCUUGGCACACAUUUUCGAAAUUUGUUUUGAAUUAAUUUCUCUUUAUUGGGGGGCCGUCAUUGGUUAUUCCUCUGUAAAGACUUUAACAAGUACUUCUAUGCAUGGCAAUUGUCAAGGUGAUUUGGCUCUAUUUAAACCCACUUUAAUGGUUGGUGUUGCUGCAGUAUGGGAAACUGUUAGAAAGGGUAUUAUUGCUCAAGUGGGUAAAUUACCUUCGUUUUCUCAAAAAGUAUUUUGGUCUGCCUAUUUUACAAAACAAAAAUUAGAAAAAUAUCAUUUACCAGGUUCCAAUUUGAUUGGUAAGAUCAUAUUUAAGAAAAUUAGAGCCGCUACAGGUGGCCAUUUAAGAAUCGCUCUAAAUGGUGGAUCCCCCAUCUCUACAGAUGCUCAAAGUUUUAUUUCCAAUACAAUUUGUCCUCUGUUAUUAGGUUACGGGUUAACUGAAACUUGUGCUAAUGGUACUGUUUCACCACCAGAACAUUUCACUUAUGGUGUUGCAGGUGAUUUAGCAGGUGCUAUCACCGUCAAAUUAGUAGAUGUCGAAGAAUUAAACUAUUUUGCCAAAAAUAAUCAAGGUGAAAUCUUAAUGAAGGGGGAUUCCAUCACUAAGGAAUAUUUCAAAAAUAAAGAAGAAACCGAAAAAGCUUUUGAUAGUGAAGGUUGGUUCCGUACUGGUGAUAUUGGUGAAUGGACUUCAAAUGGUCAAUUGAAAAUCAUUGAUCGUAAGAAGAAUUUAGUAAAGACUCAAAACGGUGAAUAUAUUGCAUUAGAAAAAUUGGAAUCCAUUUAUAGAUCAAACAAAUACGUCAAUAACAUUUGCGUUUAUGCCGAUCAAUCAAAAGUUAAGCCUAUUGGUAUCAUCGAACCAAAUUUACCUGCCAUCAUUGAUUUGGCCACUUCUCUAAACAUUUAUAAUUCAAAUUCAACCGACGAUAUUUCAAACCAUUUCCAUAAUAAAAAAUUGAAAUCAUUGAUUUUACAAGAUAUGUUAAAGACAGGAAAAUCUCAAGGGUUAGUUGGUAUCGAAAAUUUACAAAAUAUCGUCAUUUUCGAUGGUGAAUGGACUCCACAAUCAGGGUUCGUCACUUCUGCUGCUAAAUUGAAGAGAAGAGAUAUCUUAAAUGCAGUAAAAGAUCAAGUCGAUGAAGCUUAUAAAUCCUGA